AUGUCCCUGCCAAAGGGAAGCCCGUUUGGGAUUCCCUUUCAGAAAGAGUCUCUGCUGGGAAUGGUGUCAAAUCCCACUGAGGUCUUCUGUUCAGUACCUGGUCGACUCUCUCUUCUCAGCUCCACUUCCAAGUACAAAGUAACUGUUGCAGAAGUUCAGAGACGCUUGUCCCCACCGGGAGUGUCUAAACGCUUCCCUGCUCGGAGGAGGCCAAAGUCAAAGAACGGCGGCCGAUCCUUGAGAGAAAAACUGGAUAAAAUUGGACUGAACUUGCCGGCGGGUCGCAGAAAGGCUGCCAACGUCACCUUACUAACUGCUCUAGUGGAAGGUGAGGCCGUACACCUGGCCAGAGAUUUUGGGUACGUCUGUGAGACAGAGUUUCCUGCCAAGGCCAUCGCGGAGUACCUUGGCCGACCGCACGUGGAACGCAAUGAGAUCAACUCUCGCAAAACCAUGCUCUUGGCAGCCAAGCAAAUCUGUAAGGAGUUCACCGACUUGCUGACUCAGGACCGAUCUCCUCUGGGAAACUCAAGGCCGGCUCCCAUUCUCGAGCCAGGGAUUCAAAGCUGCCUGACUCACUUCAGCCUCAUCACCCACGGCUUCGGCUCUCCGGCCAUCUGUGCGGCCAUGACCUCGCUGCAAAACUACCUCAACGAGGCGCUCAAGCAGGUGGACAAAAUGUACGUGAGUUCGACCGGAGACUCCUCGCAGACCUCUUCCGACGGCUCCAACAAAGUAGACAAGAUGGACAAACACAGAAAGUGAGGCUGAGGUCAAACUCCAUUGGAUCAUUUGAACGCAACAACCAUUUUUGUAGCGGAAUGACGUUUUCCCAGACCUGACUCUUCGUCGUCGUCAUAGUUGUCGAUUCUGUUUCCGUUCUGCUUUGUUUUCUCACAUCAAGAGUAAGCUUAAACUCGAAGCCCUCUUGGGUCACGUCUUGGUCUUCCAGCACUUUCUCCUCCACAAACACAUUUCAAAGCUUAGCCUUAGUCGAGACAGUUCUUUAUCGAGCGACGAUUCAGACGGUCAUCAGGAAGUUGUCUCUCAUAGGGGAACUGCAAAGAGGAAGUUGUUGAGUUUCCCAAAGAUACCAUUUCAAGAGUUGACGUGGAUUUUAACUGUUUUCUUUCGCUACCAAACUGGGAGGAGGAAGUUUCAUUUCUCCGUGUCCUCCUCCUUGGUGCUGACCUCCCAAUGGACCAAGGAUGUGAUUAUGUUUCAGACAUUAUAACUUGUUCUAUGCUUGUCUUCAUUGGACGCAGUGUUAUUGUUCUUCUCUUUGUGGGAGUGUUGUUGGCAUGAGUGUGUUUCGUGUGCAUGGGUGUACAUGAUUUCCAAACAACCCUUUAUCCACUGAUCAGUGGGUUCUUCUACAUGAGAAAUGCUCAAGAUGUAUUUGGCUUAAUUUUUGUCACUGAGAACAAUUAAAGAGAUCUUUGAUUAAGUUAUCAUGAUCAAAUCAAAUAUCAUAAGGUUGGGUGUGUGUGCAUGUUUGGUUUCGUAUGAGUGUACAACUUUGAUCAUCUUUUUCGAUGCCUUUACGUCAGAAUAGAAGUUAAAUGAUCCAUUUGUCUUUCCCCAAAUGUAAAUAUUUUCUAAUUUAUGUUGUAAUUUAAUGGGAUUUGUAAAUAUUGGUACAAUUAUGGUGUUUGGUUCCACUUUUUAAAAAAGACGUGUUAAGCUUUUAUAAAGGGGUUUGUUAUUUUCUCAUAUAGUGGUUAGGCUACGGGAUCGAUAUUCUUUAUAGAAAUGUGUAAUAUUGGUUUAAAGCUGUAGGAAUAAAAACUCAACACUCUUGAUUUGCGUCUGCAAAGACUCCCCAUUUAUGACAUUGAGUUGUACACUUCACUACACGCGUGCCCUGCAAGUCAGGCAUGUUGAACAUGGCCAAUUCAUGUGUAUAAAGAGUCCUUUUUAAAAUAAAUGUCAGCAAUGCUCACAGAAAGAAGAGUAGUGGUCAUCAUUGCACAAAACGGGUCAAACAAAGGCUUUCCUCAGAAAAGAAGAGUGGGGUUUCACCCUACUGAACACCUGUCUUAUACCUGGAUUACUCUUUGAAUGUUUGUGAAACUCAUUUGUUCGAAACAGAUAGUUCCCCUCUUUUCAUUACCAUGCUUAUCUCACAAAUUGGCGUGACAGGACAACAGUAAUGUGUGUGUGAAGUUUCCGCAUCGCUCUUUUCAUAUUUAAAUGUUCUACUGUGAAACUCGCAGUGUGGUUUCAGAUGAAGUGAUGGGACUGUUGUGAAGAGAUAAACAAAGCCAUGAGAGAAUAUUGA